UUUUGUCAGACACCACACAUGUAAGUUUUGUGUUGCAUAUUCCGCAUAUUAGUUGGAAUGCGAGUUUUGGAAUCGUGAUAUAGGAAGGAAACAGCAAAUAUGGGAAGGAUCAAGCGAUGAUAGUUAAUCUGAUAAACGGAUAAAUAGUUUUCCUUUUCCCAGUCCUAAAGUUCUAUUUUGAACCGCUCGACCGAUGUUCUUUUGUUUUCCGGCAAUACAAAAGCGCGUCGCUUAUCGCAGCUAUUAUUAGUUUUCUUCGAUGGUAUUUUUACGUAGCCACUUCAAUGGAUCCUUCUUCAACUGUAAUCGUCGAGGACUCACUUCCCAAAGACAUUUUAGAAGUGUUAGACAGCAUGAGACGACGGAAAGAGUUGUCAGAUGUCACACUAGUGGUAAAUUCUCGCGAGAUAGUCGCGCAUCGAGCGAUUUUGGCGGCGUGCAGUCCGUAUUUCAGGGCUAUGUUUUUGUCCGGAUUUUCAGAAGCUAACGAGCAGAAGGUUCAUUUGAAAGAAGUCGAUUAUUGCGCAGUACAACUGAUUGUUAACUACUUUUAUACCUCGGAACUCGAGCUGAAUGUUUACAACGUAGAAGAGAUCCUCCGAAUAUGUGUCCUGUUUCGUUUAACGACUUUAGUAGAUCACUGCGAGACGUUCCUUCGACGAAACUUGACUCCGUCGAACUGUAUUGGACUUCAGUUCGUCGCUGAUCUGUUUUCCCUCGAUGAGUUGAGUCAACAUGCUAAUCGCAUUGCUUUGUGGCAUUUUACGGAUGUUUACAAAGAGGACGAAUUCAAGAAGAUGCCUUAUAAACAACUGAAAGAAUUGGUCAUGGAUGAUUCAUUGAAGGUUCAGUCCGAAGAGGUAGUCUUUGAGGCUGUUUUGCAGUGGAUUAAUCACGAUACGAGAGCUAGAAAGGAUUUCGUUCCCGACAUCAUGCAGUAUGUGAGAUUUCCUCUCAUGAAUCUACAAUAUUUACAUGGAAACGCGGCGAUCUCCAAACUCACGAAAGAGUACCGCAUGUGUAAGGAACUCAUCCGUGAAGCCGUCAGCUAUCAAACAGCCGUUGAAAGUAAAACGACAUCAGCCCUUGAUAAUUUCCGUGUCAGACCACGUAUGGCCUCAGAAGAGAUCUUUGUCAUAGGUGGAUGGUCGAAUGGUCAGAAAAUUAGCAGUGUACAGUGCUUCAAUGUGGACACCUUGGAAUGGACAGUUGUGGCUGGGAUGUCUGUGGCUCAUGUAGCUAGAGAGGAUUACAUCCGUGUGGUUGCUGCUGGUGACGAAUUAUACACUGUCAGUCGCUACAAAGUGGGAAAGUAUGACCCCAUUGCCAAUUCCUGGAUCCAGGUAGCAACAGGUCCUGAUGUCCAGUGCAAGUGGGCUGGUGUGUGUGAAUAUGAGGGAUUCAUCUAUGCCGUUGGUGGUCACAGCAGUAUGUGUGCAAAGCAGUUUGAUACAGAAACCAUGACUUGGAGGUCUCUACCCUCCAUGAUGUAUGCUCGCUACUAUCCAGGUGUUGGCGUAGUAGAAGGCAAGAUAUAUGCUGUUGGAGGGUUAGACCAUCUUUGGGCACCAUUGAACACUGCUGAACGGUAUGAUCCUCAUACAAACCAGUGGGAGGCUAUUGCAUCAAUGAGUACUGCACGCUGGAGCCUAGGUGUGGCUGUCUUGAAAGGCAAAAUUUAUGCAAUUGGUGGCUCAGACAACAGAGAGUCUUUCAGCAACAGUGUGGAGAUGUAUGACCCUGUAAUAGACAAGUGGAGUCAGGCUGUCGCACCAAUGAAUUCUGGACGUCGCUGUCUGGGUGUGGCAGUUGUGAAUGACACCAUUUAUGUUGUGGGAGGCCGUGUGACAAAUAGCAUUGAAUAUUAUGACCAGGAUAACAACAAGUGGAUUGUUGUUGGUGCUGUAAACACAAGGUGCAACUUUGGGUGUGUGGCACUGCGCAUUCUUUAAGAUGUACAUGUACCUACCUGUCACAAAAAAAUGGCCUCAGUGGCAAAACAUAGGAUACAGAAACAUUUUAUCCAAAGGAGUUUUUUCAAAAAAACUAUUUAUAUCAAGUGGAUGACAUGUUUAAAACCACUUUAUUUUGAGUAUGCAAACUUUUUCAACUUCCUGGUGUUUUUUGUAUUCUCUUGUUAACUUCAUGCUUUAUUUCUGAGUUUGAUAUGUUUGAAAGGUAUGUAGUUGACUGCUGUGUUAUUCCAUAUGUUAUCCAAGAUAUAUAUUGCAUGAUGCAGAGCUCUCAAGUUGAUUUGCAGGCAGAGAGUGAGAGGCCACAGGCAUCAACUUCCAGGAGGUGGGGGGGGGGGGGGCAGUAAUGGAGCAAUCUCCCUGUAAAAUAGCGAAAAAAUGAGCAGGUACAACUUGGAUCCCUUUAUUCUGAUUUCAACUUUCUGAAUAAUAACAUAUUGAGAAUGUCCCCAAGCACUUUUCUUAAUAUUUAAAUACAAAGGUGUACUAUAAAUAGGUUGGCUCUGCCCCUUGGUUUCAGCCCAAAUGCAAAUUAUGCUGGGGUAUGGUGAAGUAAAUAAUCAGAUUUACUGCCACAAAUGAAGACAGUUUUGAAACUUAUUAGAGCUUUUGAGAAGUCUACCUGCUGUUCACUCACUUUGGAUCAGCUACAGCUAAAAGCUGUUUUUAAUGUAGUGGUCCAUAUGCCUCAACAGUUGAUUGACAAAUAAUCCAGAGGUACUUAAGGCACCUCCCCUUUUACAGCAUGCCUUCAUCUUCAAGUAAGGAUGCACAUCAAAUGAGCAUAGAAUGAGCUGAAAAGGGCAACUUCAUUGUUUGGUUAACUUAAGCUUUAGUUGUAUCAGGGCUUGUAAAUUGAUAUUGUGAUCGUAAUCUUUCAAAGUAUUGUCAGAGGUAGCUACUGGAAAAAAUAGCCAUCGCUAAUUUUUAGUGAGUAGUGCAUGAUCAUAGGUAAAGUCGUAUCUUGGAAUGAUUGUUCCUGCUGUGGUUAAAUCAUCUCCAUGAUAUUAAACCCCCUUACUGGCUUACAGUUUCAUAUAUUAUAUUUAAAACUUUUGAUAACAAGUCAGGGUGAAUGUUGGGUUAGGGGAGGGGUAGGUGGGCAGUUGCCCAGAUACUGAUAUUGAUCCUAAAACUUGAUAUUUUUGUUAUGUUGCUCACACUUAGAUUGUUCACAUUUCCAAUGACAAUGUUGCCAUGCUUUGAGGAAAUUCUUAACAGGACCCUGUCUCAAAAUAGUGCACUUUCUUAUCAAUUAAAUGUUAAAAUACUGUAGAAGGGUUUUCAGAAAUUUAAGAAUCCACUUUAACUUCUGUUUUUACCUUGAUAGUCAGGUUUACUAACUUAAAGGUGAUCUCUGCUAAGACUACCUGAUUUAAUUACUGUUGACAGUUUUGCUUUCAUUUAGUAUAUUUUUCCAUGUUUUUGAAAACCCAAACUUGAAUUUUAUGGCUACAAGUGGCUACAAGUGUGGAAAGCAUUAUUGGGUUUGAGUUGCUGAAGAACACCUUCUUGUUGGAGCUAAUAGCUCUAGCACAAAAGAGUCUUUAAAUACAAUGUUUUUCAGUCUUUUGAAACACUAUUUAUUUGUACUACUUUGGAAAGUUUAUAAGGCACUAAGAUGUGUCUAGACUCAACUGUAAUUUGAAGGUAUUGAAAGUGUUUCAGAAGUAUUUGUAUGGCUACAGUACUUCUACAACUGUUAAUGAUAUGUAGUCUUUUACAGGACAAGAACUUAAAAGUAUGAAGUAAAUUUUCAAAAGUUUGUAUUUUAACGGGAAACUUAUUUAUCAGUUCAUGGCAUAUAUUAAGGUAACUUUAGGUAUUGAAUUUGCACCAGUGUGUGGAUGUUUGUAAAAUGUUGGCACAGUGCAUAAUAAAAUUAUAGCAUUU